UGCGCACGAGAACCGUAGUACAACAUUUGGAACUUUACCAAACUCGUGUGUUGUGUAGUAAAACUGUAACUAUGCCUCGAGCAUUUCUCAUCACAAAUCGUCGAUAUUUAUCCAAAAGACAUUCCACAUCUGCUCACCAAUAUGACAAAACAUUACCAAAUGUUGAAUUUGAAGUUAUCUACCAAAAGAAUUUAGAUGUAUCACCAGUGUCUUCACCCGUCCCACUACCGCCGCCACCCCCUCCCCCGCCUCAACUUUCCUCUGACGAGGGAGACAGUGAUUACAGCAGUUACACGUCAUCGCCCCGACAUGAAACAAGACCGGACCUGUCACCCAAAAUGGAGUGCCGUUUCGAUUGCUCUGAGCACAUAUCACUUUUAUUCGAUUUCAUCAACCAGAGUCCAAGAAAAACUGCAUGCAAGGACUUUUACGAACACGAAUCUGAAGCAGUGCGCGCACUGAAUUUUGACGAGCCGGAUUAUUCUUCCUGUACGAAAGUGUUAUCUCCCUUGCAAGAGCUCGUUCAUCAGCCGUUCGGACGUGUACCCACGGACGGGUCCGGACUGACUGACUCUCACAUAUGCUUGGAGUGUGGCAAACGGUACAGCACAUCCAGUAAUCUGGCGCGUCACCGACAGACUCACCGCAGCGUCAGCGACAAGAAAGCCCGUAAGUGUCCACACUGUGACAAAGUUUACGUGUCAAUGCCAGCCUACAGUAUGCAUGUUCGAACCCAUAGUCAAGGCUGUGAAUGUAUGUAUUGCGGAAAGAGAUUCAGUCGACCAUGGCUGUUGCAAGGACAUAUUCGAACGCACACAGGCGAGAAACCAUUCUCUUGUCCGAAAUGCGGCAAGUGCUUUGCAGACAAAUCAAACUUACGCGCACAUAUUCAGACGCAUUCACCGGACAAACCUUACAUCUGUGGCCGUUGUGGAAAGGCUUUCGCUUUGAAGAGCUAUCUAUACAAACACGAGGAAUCUUCAUGCAUGAGGGGACAGAGGAAUAAAAAAUCAGUGGACAUUGACGAUAUCGUAUCUGAACCGGAAGAACAAAGAAUGAUAAAAAGUCCACAAACAUCUGACCCGAACUUGAUGCCCGUAUGGUAACCAUGGAUACCGUCUUUUGACUUUGAAAAAUACCAUGACCUUGACCUUUACGUGGACGAUUUUUUUUCUUUGUGCUGACCAAUGACAAAUGAGGAUAUAGAGGACCAAUCAGAUUUUUGUAUGAAUAAGUCACUUUUUUUGCAAAUGUUUGUAUUAUUUCUACAAUUGAACAGUAAUAUUUCAUUAAGUAUCCUUUUAUAGAUACUAAAACAUUUCCGUCAACUCUGCUUCAAACUAUUCCUAUUAAACACAACUUGGAGAUUUCAAAACAUAUUUUAACUAUAAGCAUUCCAGAAAUCGCUUUAUUACAGUAAAAUAAAUCAUUCAUCAUUUUAGUUAAACGUAUAUCCCAUAGGGCACAACUAUGUCGAGUAUGUCACAUCGAACUAAUUCACAGAGUAAAUCAUUAUUGUAUUUUCAUGUCAGUAGAGUAAUUUUGGUAUUUUUCAAGCGAAAAGUUUGUAAUUCUUGUCUGCGUAGCUGUUUUUCCCCACUUUGUUAAACAUAAAAAAGAUUUUUUCUUCAUCAUUCUGUCAUAUAAUGAGAGUACAAAUAUCUAUGUAUCUUAAAUACUUUUAAUUCACAAUGGCGCUUGACAUCAGUAUUACACACAGCCGCUGUAAUGACGUCAUAGAUUGUUGGUCAUAGUUUAACACAUGUUUUUUAUUUCUAUUGAUCUUUAGGCCGAACUUAUCGAUGGCAUUACCAAAUUCAAACCAGUUUCAUAUACAUCACAUUUAAUGCCAUAAAAAUAAGCUCUGAUUCAAUUUUAAGAUAUAUUUUUUUCAAAAUUCAUGAACGUCAUAAACACUAGUGUUCCAUGUUCAUUUGCUGGAUCACGCAUGUGCAUUUUCUAUCUCUGCGUGUUAUUUAUUUCUGUUUAUUUGUUUAUUGACAGGUACGUCACAGAAUCCUUCUUUAAUCUCUACUUUUCUGGAGAAAUGCUAACUUUUUAUACAUGUUAUACCGAUAAGAAAUGGCAGCAUAAGAAAAUGAUUUGCAUAUGUUGAUGACGUAUUAGAAAUAUACAUCUAGCCAUCAGUCAUGAUUCAUAUUUCAAUACUUGAUACAGUGAGCGAUCCCUGAUGUUUUUACAGACACUUGUAGUUGCUCACUGUACCUGAGUGUUCGGCUCCCAUUCUGGAGAUAUCCUUAAUGUUUAUUAUUUUACUUUGGCCGGCGUUCAAGGCUAUUUACUUACCUACUUCUCAAGGUAUAUAUACACAAUUACGAUUUGUAAUCAUACUUUUACCUCACUCUGAGUCACUCUGUAGCACCAAUUAUGACGUCAUGCGUGAUGCUUUUAAAACAACCAAUCAUGGGCACUGGUCUAUGUAUUGAAUACACCUUCGCCUUUCUCACACACAGAAAGCGAGUAUUGUAAAUGUUUUUUUUAUUUUUUUUUUUGUCUUUGAUGUGUUCACCUAAAUUAUAUACCUGUCAAAUAAUUGAUUUUCUUUUAUAUACGAUCCCCAUUGAAGUGUGCGGUUUGCAAAUGGCGGGGCAACAUUUUUGAAUUGGCAUUAUAGUUGAAGCUUGUGAAUCAUUGCUGUGUCUCGAGUGUGUUGCCGGUGUUUGGUUUUGUGAAAUGCAAUGUUCAUAUAUAUUUAUCUUACGUACAACGUUAAUUAUAAAUCUUUUUUUAUUUUAUUUAUGACAUUUAUUUAAAAUUUUUAGUCUCUUUUUAAAAGCAGGGAAGAGCGAUAGGUAGCAAACAGGUAGAAAGGAAGAUGGGCAGUGUAUAUUUCAUAUCGAUGAUACAAGUUGUUACUUAUCACGCUUUAAUUCAAAAUAUUAUGCUCAAUAUGCAUGCUAUCUUGCCAUCUCCUGUUCUGGAAUCUUCAGGAAACAUUUCAGCUGAAAUUUCUUGACAAUUAUUGCUUUACAUAUAAGUAAAAAUGUCAUGUAUUUAUAGAGAAUACCUAACUAGAUUAUUAACUUAUUGUAGAAAUUAAUUUAUUUAAUUUAUCAAUAAUGUAUAUUAAAUUAUGAUGAUUUUUGUUGCGAUAGUUUUAGAUGAAGAAGAAUGAAUAAAUAUAGCGCUGUACAACACUUGUUUAUAUAACAUCGCGUGUAAAUAUUUCAACUGAGUCUUUUGUUGUAAAAAAACAAGUUUUCAAAUAUUUUAUUUUUAUUUUUUAUAAUGACCUGUGGUCAUUUUUCAAUUUUCUUACGUCAUGUUUAGGAAACGUAUGUCUAUCCGACAUAAAUAGAAUAAGUAAAUUUGCCACUGGUUAAAUGUUGAAAUCGAUUAUUUCAUUAAAUGUGUUUCGAGUCAAACUCAAAUUUUCAUUUCUUAAUUGGUGUAUGAUUCAUUAAGUGUUGAUUUAUUUUUAUCUUAUUUCUGUGGCGUUUUACUGGGCCGGUUUAUAACACGGUCUUUAUUCAUGUCUUAAUUAAGAUUUCAUUUCGUUACAUUGCGGAUUUCAUACUUAAUAUAUUUACAUAGAACAUCAGUAAAAUUAUAAAACAAUUUUGGCGAAUACCACGCCAUAAAAACUCAAUUUAAUCCACAAACGAUUUUAAGAAAUUAACUCAAAAUAAAUUGAGUCUUCAAUAAAUCUUUAAUAUAAAGAAAACUAAAAUUGAUUUGAUUCGGAGAGUUUUUAUUUCAUCUAGCUUCGAUAGACAUAUUUAUGUUUCCUAUUUUUGUGAAUGAUUCUUAUUUACAAUUUUAUUGUAAAUACCUGUCCAUAUAUUUAUUAAGUGUGUAUUCGUGUGCCGUGUAGUGUGUCCUCAAAUGUAUUUAUCAAUAUUUAUUCAAAUAUUUAUUACAAAACAAUAAGAAAACAUUUUUUGAAAGUUUUUUCUACUUAUUUAUUUUUCUACGAGUUUGCAUUAAAUUUUUAAAUGCUUCAUCAUGUAUUUAUAAAAUUUUAUUUAAGAAAUGAAGUCAUCACUUACACCAGACGUGACACAUGUCAUCUUUUCCAACUCUAUUUUAGGAAACUUCUCAUAGGAGAUGUUCUUCUCAUCUUUACGUUCCCGAAUGAUCAUUAUUUGUAUUGUAAAAAGAAAAUAUUAAUUCUGAAAAAUUACAUUUGGUGCCAUGAGUAUUUUUGUCAAUGGAUUGUAAGUGUAAUAAAUAUCGUAUUAUCAGUAACAAUUAAUAUUGUAUAUUUAUUGAUGAAAAACAAAACAAGACAUGUCUUCUUGAAUAAAAAUCAAACGAUAAACUUGAGGAAUCUUAAUGAUUCAGAAAUCCGCUGUAAAAUAUAAAAGUUGUUUUUUAUUAAUUCAAAUCGAUAUAUUUGAAAAAAAAUAUUUUCCUCCAUCUUUGAUGUCAGAAACACAGUGUGUGUGCACCCUCCUCAUCCACAUCUACCAUUUUUACCCGAGUAACUGUAUCCAGUUACCAACAUCGUUCAUUUGGAGAUUUUUUUUACUUAUUGAGCUUGAGUGCCUUAUGACAACAGAUACCUUGAAAAGGUGUCGCCAGUUUUUAUACUAAGCAUUAGAUGUGAAUUACAACUUUCUACUAUAUUUGGACGAGUGAGAAAUAAAUCUUGGUUUUUUUAUAUAAA